AGUGCUGCUGCUCUCUGGGGAUGACUACAGCCUAGCUCACUAGUUGUCUACUCCCUGUUUCCAACACAUCUUUUUACUUCUCUUUGCAGAUCUGUUUGUCUUAUUUAUCCUGUUCUCUUGGGUUACCCAGCUUCUGUCUUUCCACACUGUGUGGGGACAUGCAGUUCUGUAAAUUUGUUCGUCUGAGGAUCAUCAUAGGAAAGGUUCCCACUGUUACCCAUUCUCAGUAAAAAAGAAAAAAAAAAUUGCAUCCUUUCUUUUGGGUUCUUGGCCUCACCAGUAAGUGGCUUUCAUUUGAUUAGAUGCCACCAGGAACUAUUGAGUAUUUCCAACUCCUACUCUCCUGCAGCUCACAGAUCUACACUGCUUUGGAAGAUCAUGGGAUACAUCCUUGAAUCAUGGAUGUAUUUCUCUCACAGUCAUCUUGCUUCAUUAAAUUUCCUCUGGUCCAGAAUGUGAUCAGUUCUCCAGCAGAGCAGGGACCUCCUUGUAAAGAGAGCCUUGGUGUGGAGAUUCAGGGUGUUGAGGGAAAGCUGAGAGGAUGAAGGCUCUAAGUCCCCAGUGGAAGCAUGAUAUGGCGGCGCAGAGCUGGUGCUGAAUUGUCCUCUCUGAUGGCUCUAUGGGAGUGGAUAGUACUGAGUCUUCAUUGCUGGGUUUUAGCGGUUUCUGCUGUCUCUGACCAGCAUGCCACAAGCCCCUUCGACUGGCUCCUCUCUGAUAAGGGACCCUUCCAUCGCUCACAGGAGUACACAGAUUUUGUGGACAGAAGCCGACAGGGAUUUAGCACAAGAUACAAGAUAUACAGGGAGUUUGGCCGUUGGAAGGUAAAUAACCUUGCAGUUGAAAGAAGAAAUUUCCUUGGUUCUCCUCUGCCUCUUGCCCCUGAAUUCUUCCGCAACAUAAGGCUUUUGGGACGACGACCUACACUUCAGCAAAUCACAGAAAAUCUUAUCAAGAAAUAUGGGACUCAUUUCCUGCUGUCAGCUACUCUGGGAGGAGAGGAGUCACUCACAAUUUUUGUGGACAAGCGGAAGCUGAGCAAACGAUCUGAAGGAAGUGAAACCAGCACCAAUAGUUCAUCUGUUACUCUUGAGACCUUACAUCAGUUGGCUGCUUCCUAUUUUAUUGACAGGGAUAGCACCCUCCGCAGACUUCAUCACAUCCAAAUUGCAUCCACUGCCAUCAAGGUGACAGAAACACGGACGGGUCCUCUUGGCUGCAGUAACUAUGACAACCUAGAUUCUGUCAGCUCUGUUCUGGUUCAGAGUCCUGAGAAUAAAAUUCAGUUGCAAGGGCUUCAAGUUCUCCUUCCCGACUACCUUCAGGAACGUUUUGUACAGGCAGCAUUGAGCUACAUUGCUUGUAAUUCUGAGGGGGAGUUUAUCUGCAAGGAUAAUGACUGCUGGUGCCACUGUGGUCCAAAAUUCCCAGAAUGCAAUUGCCCCUCCAUGGACAUUCAAGCCAUGGAAGAGAAUCUUCUUCGAAUAACUGAAACAUGGAAAGCUUACAACAGCGACUUUGAAGAUUCAGAUGAAUUCAAGUUCUUUAUGAAAAGACUACCCAUGAAUUAUUUCCUCAACACUUCAACUAUAAUGCAUUUGUGGACAAUGGAUUCUAAUUUUCAGCGCCGCUAUGAACAACUGGAGAACAGCAUGAAACAGCUUUUCCUGAAGGCACACAGAAUUGUACACAAGCUCUUUAGCCUUAGCAAACGGUGCCACAAGCAGCCACUCAUCAGCCUGCCAAGACAGAGAACUUCAACCUACUGGCUCACUCGCAUCCAGUCUUUUCUCUACUGCAAUGAGAAUGGCCUUCUGGGCAGCUUCUCCGAGGAGACUCACUCUUGCACAUGCCCCAACGACCAGGUAGUAUGUACAGCCUUUCUGCCCUGUACUGUGGGCGAUGCCUCUGCCUGCCUGACCUGUGCACCUGACAACCGCACCCGCUGUGGCACCUGCAACACGGGCUAUAUGCUGAGCCAGGGACUCUGCAAGCCUGAAGUCGCUGAGUCAACCGAUCAUUACAUUGGCUUUGAGACCGACCUGCAAGACCUGGAGAUGAAAUACCUAUUGCAGAAAACAGACAGACGAAUAGAAGUUCAUGCCAUCUUUAUCAGCAAUGACAUGCGCCUCAACAGCUGGUUCGAUCCUUCCUGGAGAAAGCGAAUGCUCUUGACCUUGAAGAGUAACAAGUACAAGUCUAGUCUGGUCCACAUGAUCUUGGGUCUCUCUUUGCAAAUUUGUUUAACUAAAAACAGCACGUUGGAGCCCGUGCUGGCUGUUUAUGUCAAUCCCUUUGGAGGCAGCCACUCUGAGAGCUGGUUUAUGCCUGUGAGUGAGAGUAGCUUUCCAGACUGGGAACGGACUAAGCUGGACCUCCCUCUGCAGUGCUAUAACUGGACACUGACUCUGGGAAACAAAUGGAAGACAUUUUUUGAGACAGUACACAUCUACCUGAGGAGUCGCAUCAAGGCAAAUGGCCCCAACAGCAACGAGAGCAUUUACUAUGAGCCUUUGGAGUUUAUCGACCCAUCCCGGAACCUGGGCUACAUGAAAAUCAACAAUAUCCAAGUGUUUGGCUACAGCAUGCACUUUGACCCUGAAGCCAUCCGGGACCUGAUUUUGCAGCUGGACUACCCCUACACUCAGGGAUCCCAGGACUCAGCACUUUUGCAGUUACUAGAGAUAAGAGACCGUGUAAAUAAACUCUCCCCACCUGGUCAGCGCCGUCUGGAUCUGUUUUCUUGCUUGCUUCGUCAUAGACUCAAGCUGUCUACUAGUGAGGUGGUGAGAAUUCAGUCUGCUCUUCAAGCAUUUAAUGCCAAGUUGCCAAACACAGUGGAUUAUGACACAACCAAAUUAUGUAGUUAACCAUAAAUGUCAAGCACAACCCAAAAUCUUGAAGGAGUUUUUACAGUGCUUUUGUGGAAGUUUAUGUUUGGAAAAGUAAAUUUAAAUUGUCUUUUCAAUAUCUGUCUUAUAUCAGUCAAUAUCGUUGGAUGGCAAUUUACACACAUGAACUUGCUGACAAUGAAUAUAUUAUACUACAGUUUUGGUUUAUGAAUGAAAUAAAUACUGACACCAGUCUAGAAGACAUUCUACUUUUUACAAUAAAUUUCAUUUGUAAUUUUAUAUGUUCCGUGGCAAUGCUUUUGUGCAUUACAUCCUCUAGAGGGAACAUAAAAAGAUACCAAUAAAAUUUUGUAGCUGAACAGUUAUUAACAA